AUGGAUGCCGACCAUGUCUCUGUGAGUGAUGGUAUUCUCACUCUGACGGCCGAGCCUGUCUCAGGUGAGCCCUCGCCCAUCCAUUACCUCCCGGGGGCGAUCCACGCCAAGUCAACCUUCGCAGUUGAGGAAGGUGGCAGAUUAGACCUCAACGCCGAGUUCAUGGCGCCUGUAUCCAAGGGGACGUGGCCAGAAUUAUGGCUGAACGCGGCGAGCGGAUGGCUUCCGGAGAUUGACAUUGCCGAGUGGAAAGGCUCUGGUAAGGUCUCGUUCAACACGUUCAAUACAUCAAGCGAGGUCACCGCGCUGGACCUCGACUAUUCAGAUCCGAGGGACUGGCAUUCCGUCAAGGCCGAUCUCCGUGAUGAGAAUGGGUCGGACGUUAGCGUCAAGUUGUACCUUGAUGGAGAGCUAGUAACGACACAGUAUGUGAGGGGCUAUGUUGGCCAGCGACUGCGACUGUAG